GGCAAAUUCCUGGGGGUGGGGAGCUUUUCUCAGCUGGAAUUGACCGAUGCGUAAUUAAUACUGAAGCCCUUGUAUUAAAUUUCGAAAAGAUUCAAGUUCUGGCCCAGGAUGACAGAACGGAUGCAAAUUUUAUGGCGAUAUGUCUUUCAUCGAGUCUUUCAUCACACUAGCGUAGUUAAUACUUGACGUGACACGUUAGAUUUUAACUUAAUUUAUUUACGACGAUCCAAAGCCUGCGAAGUUCGAAAACGGAGGAAGUAAUCAAAAGAACAAACCUUAAAGCGAAAGGAGAGAGGAAGGUUGAAGGUUAUUUUGACACGAGAGGUUUGUUUAAUUAGUUGCAUUUGUGGUCGUGCUAAGUUUACAUCUUCGCAUAUGCUGUAUGGCCUCUAACCCUGGUUUCGAGAACGUGUGCUGGGUUGGUUAUGUUCAUCAUUUAGUUUCACAGUAAGGUUUUUAGUUAAGAUCUAUCAGAUUUGUUGCUUUUUAAAGCCAUUUAUAACUCAACUUCAUGAUGCUUUUCGCUUUUGUUGCGCUUCUAAACUGCAGAUGUUUGGUAAGUCAAGUUUAAUUAUUCUGAGAAGGACAGCAACUUGCCUGUUUACUUUUUAAAAAAAUAUUUCUCCAUCCCUCAGUAAUUCCUGUCACGUUCAAACUAAGAUGAACACGAUUUUUGUGGUUUAGCUAAGGGAUGAAAUAGUGAAAUAGCGUGAUCUGAAACUGGCAGAAGGAACUUGUAUGUCAAUCAGAGGUCGAUCCGUUCUCAAACUGUACUAUCCGCGCGGUCCACGGGUUUCAAAGGCUUUUUCCAUGACUUGAGGAAGAAAGCCAAUCUUUAAUCCUCUUUCAACCACUAAUUUUAUAAGAUUAUGUCACUUCACUCGAGUGCGUGUGUGGAUUGUUUACAACCCCAAUAGAUCAAUGCUAGGAUUGAUGUUAGCCAAUGCUUUAGACCUUGUUUACACUUGUCUAGAUCAAAUUUUUAAAGGACGAAUUUUUCACCGGUGCAACUCGUUCACACGGAACUGUGCAAAUUCCGUCCCAGAUUGCAGUAUUCUUUGCCGUUCAAAAGCGGGUCCCGCGCGUGUAAUUGAAAGGUGGAUUUUUUCAAGUUUUUGUCCGUUCAAAGAUUUGCCCGGACCAGUGUAUAUGAGGUCUUGGAAAGAACUAUAUAUGGAGCGCAAAAAAAAUAUUUUUUGUAAUAUAUCUCCGGAUUACACCCACACAAAGUGUUAAAGUUAAGUGCAUAAAAUAUAGCCUCUGUCAAGAGAGAUCGUCCCUAUGUACAGAGGGCAUCGGAAUGGGGUGCCUGUGUACAGGCUACAUAAAAUAGCUAGAUAUUGUGGUGAUUGAGAGUAUGUUCGUGAUAGUAUUCCCCAGAAUAUUUUAGUGUUUCGGCUACGCAUUCUAAACCAACAGCACCAAAAGCUCUUGACCACAAGAUAAAAACACUUAUCUAACACUUUUCUGAACGGCACAAUUAUUCAAAAACCGCUUUUUAAACAAAAUAUUACACGAGGGGGUUUUCUUUAAACAAUAGUGACUUGUGUGGUGGAAACGGAAAAGCGAUAUUAAAGCGGAAACGCACUUUUUUGUUGUUGGCUUUAGACAACAAUGAAAAUGCUCCCAUUUAUUUUGUCGAUGAAUGAGCUUUUUAAAGAAAUCAACUUUUAAGCGGUAUUAAUCUUUGAUUAAGUUCUCUUAAUUUCUCUCUUUUGACCUGUUUCAAAUUGAAUUCAAGUCAAAAGAAUAAGUAAUUUAUUUAUUCCACGCGCAAGUAACCUCCUGCAAAGGGAAACUGGAAAUUUGUAGUCCUCGUAGAACACGCACACGAAAUAUGAGGCCGCGCGAGACAUGCGAUACGCGCGAGAGAGAGAACCGCGCGCACGUAGUCGCGGCAGCGUCGCGUUUCAAAUUUAUCUGAAUUUGUGUGGGUAGAGAACAUUUUAGUUGUUUUUUGUGGAAACCGGAGAAACAGGGAAGCUUUUUCAAAUUUCUCCGGAUAAGCGUUUACAGGGCCUCACUUUUUGGAUUUUUUUCCAGUGUGGCAAGCUAAAGAAUUUUGCUCUUUCUACAACUGACCAAAGAAUUAAUCGCUGAACAAGCACAAUUUUUCUCGCGUAGAUUCCCGCACAACGACCCUCAAUAAAAAUAGUUUUGAAUAUUUUACCGAUUAAAAUAAUUGCAAAUCUCUAUAAAUUUUAAUUAAUUUUGCACAUUUAUUGUUUCGCGCAUUGUGCGCUGUUCGUCCAUGUGUCAGGAUCCUACCGUUCCUCAUGGUGUAGAAUUAGUAUUAUUUCCGAGAAAAAAGAUUGACGUUCUGUCUUUUUUAUUUUCCUUUAUCGGAAUUUAUUGCAUUCUGUAACUUUUCUAAAUGAACGCGGCUUGUUUGAUACCGGAUAGGUUUUCAUGUGGACUUCAAAAUCUAUCCGGGAAAGUAGGAACACCUGUUCACGGCACUUAGCUGCGUCAGAGUGACAAAGAAAGCGGAUCAAUUGAGUUUCUGGAUAACUUUUGCCCAAAGUGCGAUGUAAGUGUUAUUAGGGAGCUUAAGCAACAACGAGGGCGACGGCUAAGAAAACGUCACUUAAAAAGUGAAUUCACGCUACUUCAAACCUUGUCGCGCUUAUUCCAACUCGUUCAAUUCGUCAAAUGCUGGCAUUUUUUUCUCGUGUUGAAUUUUAAAAGACUGUAUCAAAGUUCAGGAAAAGAAAAAGAAAGUCGUUGUCUUGUGUUCACGUCCUCGACAAAACCUGAAAUUAGACACUUUCACGUUGUAGUCGUGUAGCGACGGCAAAAAGCGCGAUGCACGUGCAAAGUUGUUGUUUUGCCAAUCUAAAGCUAUUGCUUUUUUGUCGUUCUCGUCUCCGUCGUCGUUGUGUAAACUCCCUAAUUUUGACUUAAGGGAGGGGUAGGUGGUCAGUUACCCAGAAAUCCGCUUUUACUAUACGGUAGGUGACGAUUCACUUUACAGAUGUAGUGUAGACCUGGCCGAACUAAGGCAUUUCUGACGUCCUCGGCGGCUUAAUUUCUUUACGGCAAUUUCUCAAUGUAGUUUACUGCAUUUGAACCAAAUUAUGUGCUGUUUUUGUUCCUCGUUAACCUUUUUGUUGACAUGUUAUCUAGCUUGAGCGUAGCGUCGUCUUUCCAAGGAUUCUCUUGCUCUGCAAUUUUCGUUUUAGUUUUUCUUUGUUAAAACAUGAUACCAGCAGAAUAAAAGGUGUGAAUUACUUGGUUGCUUUUGUUUGCCAAAAUGAUAUUUUCCUUAUUUAACAAAGACCAAUUUCAAGUUAUUUUACGCUAGAGCAGGUGUUAUAUGUUGUGUCCAGCGAUAUACUUCAGGAGGUCGUUAUAGAAAUGUCCCUCCGCGAAUAUUUUUCUUUGAAAAAAGAUCACAUGAAGAUAUAUUCAAAGCCGGAGAAAAGUCUAAAUACAAUGCUUGGAAGGCAUGAUAAUGUGGACUACAUUAUCUUUUGUUUUAUUUAAGGUGUUUUGAUUCGAUGUGAUAAAAAGUGGAAAUAUUCCCUUUAUACGUCAUGUUGAACUUUUUGUAAAUUUCAAUGACGCCGUUUUUGUGCCAAAUUAAAGCUCUGGAAGGUCCAUUAAGUUAAUAGGCAUUUUAAGGGACGAAAAACAAACAUACAAAAAAGUAAAGGAGAAUUAAUUUAUUCGUCUGCGAUUUCAGAAGAGCUCCGAAAUGUUGCAAGUUGCAUAAUCGAAAAUCUAUUGGCCUUAAGUUGUUUUUACCAUACUAUACAGACAGACAAACAAUAUCCCUCUACAUAAGAUGCAACUAAGAACUCGUUUUCACUGUUAGUCGUAGUUUUUGUUUCCUAUCUAGUUCAAGGCAAAUUUAUGUCCAUUAUGUAUCUUGUUACACCGAACGAAGAAGAAUAACUAAAAUUAAUCCUGGUCGAUAUUUUAUGUGUCUGAACUAUACGCUGUGCGAAUUUCGUUUUGUAUAAGGGUCUUGACCACUGAGAAACGCACGCGUUGAAUUUAUUAUGAACGCAGAGGGUUGAAAACAAUGAUAUGCGGCCUUGCUAAUUAAAACUUUGCACUUCUUCCCAAACGACGCAAACAAUUUUUUUUCCUGUUUUUGUUUGGGAUUUCUUCCAGACUUCUUAAGCCAGUCCAGACUUAUGUAAGUAGGGAUUACUUUUAUAUUUGGCGAUAUUAUAAGUAAUUAGGGUAGCGGAGCUCCAAAAGGCAGCGAGGUAAAUCAUGUGCGUAGUCUUGACUAAAGACCUGCGAAAUUUUUCUCUGUGUGGCUAAUUGUUGGAUUUGUACAAUUUUAAGAAUUACAGUUGGAAUACUGAAAUGGGUCUAGAGUAAUCGUGAAUUAUUAGAAGGUCUAAAUUAGCGUUGGAAUAUUCUCAGUUAUUCGGUCGUUAUCGAUUUCGUAAAUUAUUUUCCCCACCCUAAAAACCUAAAUACUAAAAGAGAUUUACGCACAAGUACAACGCCGGUAAUCCAUUGUUAUCUCAUCAUUGUUUUGUUUUUAUACGAAGCGACACCGCCGCAAAGAUAAUGAAUGUUAUCAGUUUUGGUUGAAAAAUAUGGAAUAUCUUUUAUACUGGGCUGUUAUUAAAGAAAGUAAUGGCACUUCUCUUGUGUCCUGGUUUCUUUCACUUUCAAACACUUGAAUUUUGAGGGAAUUCUUUACUUUUCCUUUGCGAGAUCAAAGCUUAAAUUUUGCUGAUCAACGAUUGAAACGGAGAGAUGUACUUGGGAGCUAUUGAAUAAGUGAAAUUAUUCCAGCGGGUUAUAGAGUGAGAGGCUGUUCAAGUUCGACGAAUAAGUAAGGAUCUGGAAAGUGAAAUUGCCGUAAAACAGACUGAGUGCUAAGUAACAUUGCAUCAUUUUAGAAUAUUUUAUAAUCAACCGGCCACUUUUGCCGUAUAUUAAACAGUUUUUAUUUAUGUAAACAUUUUCUGUACUGUUCUAUAAGUAAAACGAAUGUAUAGGAUCUUACAGACGCGUCUAGAGUUGAAUAGGUCACAGGCUUUGGACGACCAGCAGCGAAUAUUAAAGGAAGGAAGAAAGCGAACCAACUUCCAUGAGGAAAUUAGUUUGACGCUUUUAAAAAGAAUCAGUUAGCGGGGGAAGCGGUAGGGCACUGGGCACUUGUCCAGCAGAGGCCCUUGUCAUGCGAAGGAUUUGUUUGUACUAAACUUGAGUAAUACUUCGGUGGGGGCGUUAAAACAGGAAGACUGGUGGUUUAAUUGCUUUUCUUGAUAAAACUAAAUGAGCACCCUCAGCGAAAUUUUGGUUUUCGACUUUUAUGAGGAAAGCUCGGGAGAGACGAUAGGAGAACUUUGGAAAGUUAGGCAGACGUUUUGAAAAGUUGCGAUCUUUUUGCAAGUCAUCCAGUGCAACUGGCCUGAAGUACAACCGCAAAUAGUUUCAGUGCUUUUAUCAGGUAAAAAGAUAACUUUUAAUCAAACUUUUUUUUUUCAUUUUUGAUAUUGCAAUACGUUGUAAAACAUUUUUUAAGUAUCCCAGCCAGCUUUGAAACAUAAGACGCAAAAGCUUGUCAAGAGCUAGUAUCUUUUCAUUUUAUUAUUUUUUUUUUAACAAUGUCUUGAAUUUUCGCCACAGUUGCAUCUGUCAUAAUAUCCUAAAAGUAUGCAGGAUACGUGACACAAACACCGAGCCAAGCAAAAGUCUUAUUUUAUUUGCUCUAAGGAGCGCCGCGGCGCUGAUUAAGUUUUACGACUUUUUGUUAAAGGGCGGUGUUUAUUCGGAGACGGAAUUUAUGUGAAACUUCUCUUUUUUCGAACAACACAGUUGUACGCAUUUUUUCCUUCUUUUGUUUAGUUUUGUCCCAAAACGACAACAUAAUCAGGGGAAAAACGGAGUAAGAAUUAGUUUACGUUAUUAGCAUUUUAGCAUCAACCAAGGUCAUAAGGCAUUUUCGAGAAUAAUUUGAGUAGAAUGACAGAAAGCAGUAAGUAGAUAUGGUUCAUGUGAAAAAAAGCUGAAAACUGAACACAAAAUAAGAUAUUAAAUCCUACUUUAAGAAAAACACCCUUUGAACUAAGGUUGUGUUCACAAUGUGCAGGAUAGCCUUUUCGCCGGAACGAAAACCACACAUGAUAGCUAAAGGACUUCUGUUCACCCAUGAGAGCAGUGACUCGUCGCGAUAUUUGUUACGGAGCUAAGCUGCGCCUCACCGAUCUCUAAAAGUGGAUAGUCACAUAUCAGAUAGGUUUAAAUACUAAUACCGGAUAGCCUUUCGUGUCGGCAGGAAAUAUCAGUGAGUGACAUUGUAGAUUAAUUACAUUUUCGAUCCAUUAUGAAUAUAUAUUUGUUAUUUAGGGUUAUCUCCACGCUGCCUAGGCGUAUUUCUAAAAGCCCAACAAAAGACGGAUUUUUUUUUCGGGUACCAAGCAGAAAAGGCGAGUUUAAUUAAUUUAUGGCAGGGAGAAUCAGCCGGCAUUUUACGAGCAUAAUUUAGCCUAGCCUGAUUCUUGCCAGAGUAAAAAUGAACCUUUUAUCACGGCCUUCGGCUCGCGGAUAUGUGACUUAUUUUCUCGGAGGAUAUUAUCCUCGAUCGAUCGAUCUGCAUUAUUCUUUAUAUCAUACUCAGCCUCUUUCUACUGUCGUUUACUACUUAACAAUUACUCGUGUUAUGAAGGUGGCCCAUGAAUAGCUCAUCGGCAUUUAAUGUAUCGCGGCAACAAAAUAACUAGCAGGCACCUCGCACAGCUGUAAACAAGGCAUCACAAGAUUGGUUGGGAAAACUUUGAACGAACAAAGACUAGCCUCAAAACAAAAGAGCUGGUCAGCGGUCAAUGAAAUAAGAGGUGCGAGGCUACUAUCAAAUGUUAAACCCGCGGGUGAUGUACGCAGUUAAUUUUCAGAUAAUAUUACCAACAAAUAGUAAAAUCUUUUGGAAUUCUCUUUCGUGCUUGUGGUCAGUUUGGCGCGCGUAGUAAGUUUCUAAAAUGCAGAACGUAGAAAGGGAGCGAGCACCAAAAACGCGAAAAUGAAAAAUGGCAACAAAGCAUAGAAUGUGUAAUGAAGUUCCCAGUAGGGCUUAGGGUUUUAGUUGGGUUUUGUAGACAUUUUUUUUUAAAUUUUUAUUCCCCGCUCUUGUUUCCCGUUCACCGUUGGACUGUUAAACAGCCCGCCUAAGGAGGGUGGGGGCGGGGGGAGUGGAUCUCGGUGUUGCGCGGAAACUAUUUGGUUCGCUUUUUUUUCUUUUCCUUUUUUGGUGUGGGUAUCGCUUUCCUGUAGGUGAAUACAGUGCAAGCAUUUUUGGGUAGUACUAUUAGAAUGAACUGGCUCACUAUUAUGGUUUAUGCUAAUUAAUAAGAGAUAUUUCAAAUGAGAUCCAGGCAGAUGAAAUACGCAAAGUGUUCAAUGUAUUAUACACGUACUCCAGCAUUAUAAGCGUGUGCAUCAUAUUUUGAGUGACACCGCAAAAGGCAGUUAUAUCACAAGUAAGUACUAAAAGGAACUUGAGGUUAGCAGUGAAUAGACAGUUUAGAAUGGCAGAAUACAGAAACAGCUAUAUACGGCGUAGUACAGACUUGCGGUCGAAAUAUUGGGCGGGAGUCAAAACUAUGUAAGGUUUUCUUUUAGUACUGAAUAGUUAGCUUAGUUUAUACGUAGAAUAACCUGUUGAUGAACCUUUUUACUUUUCUGUUUAUUUUUUUGUGUAAAUGGGUGAUUGUUUCUCCAAGACUGAAGAAUUGAUCGUGAUCAUAACAGACAUUAUACAAAGCACAAUACUAUUUAGUAUGUAAAACAAUUAUCUUCACUGUGAAAAUUAAAUGUCUACUAAUGUCUACAAGUGUUCGAGAUAUUCAUGAAUUGGAUAAGAGCACGCGGUUUAAACGCUUUUAUCGACGGAAUGUUUAUUUAAAUUUCGAACGUUAUAAAAUAUGCACUUCGAGUGGUGUAAUUAUGUUGCUCGGAUACAAAGGCUAGAAUGGGGCUGAAAUCAUGCGAUCGUUCAUUUACGUGUAUCGACGUUUCUGCUCAAAUUAAAGACUACGCAUUUAACGAGAAAGUCGGGGUAUGCAUAUUCCUCUUUCGCCUACAAAUAGUUUUGACUUCACAUAAGAUUCAGGGAACACCGUGUAUUUAAAAGGAAAAAAAGAACGUUUAAUAACGGUAGUGUCCUUCAAACACAAUCGAGUACCUCCCUCGACUACCCCAAAUGCUAAUAUAUCAUAGCAGUUACAGGGGGUCUCUUUCGAGAAGAAGUUGGAACAGUCCAUCUACUUCUAAAGAGAAUACACUAUAUGCAAUUUCCAAGUUACGUACAUAGAGUACAUGAAGUUCCAUGUUGUCACUAAAAGUUCUUCGGAUACUCUGAGAAGCGUAGUAUAUCAUAUGUUGUGAUUCGAUUUUAUCCUUUUGGGUAUGGUAAUGUAUGACAAUGAGUUUGAAACAAAAGAAACUAAAAUUUAAACCAGUGAUAAAAUUGAACCACGAUAUACACACCAAUUAUGGAGAAACUGUGCGUCAAGUAAUCGCUUAAAUCGACUUCUAAAGAGAAUGCAGUGCGAGCAAUUUCUAAGUUACCUACGAUAAGUGUAGUUCCAUUAUGUCAAUAAAAAAUCUUUCCAUACUCUGAGAAGCGUAGUAUAUGCAGCAAAUAUAGAGAGGCUAAGAACAAUGGAAAUUCUAAAACCGUAACCCCAAAAAGUGGUCGCAGUCGCUUACGAGGGUUUCCAACUGUAGUGAUUUGACCGCGAAAAUUUUGGUGUUUUGGAUAGGUGGUCGCAUGGGAGGUCGUCGCCCAUUAGCCAUUAUCGGUGAUCGUUAUAUUUACUAAACCCUUCAUUUUUCGUUCAUUUCGAAGGUAACUACUACACUCCCUCAUUUUCCCUUGUUACGGUACUUAUUACUGAAGUAUGACUUGAUUUUAAGGCCUCAAACUGAAUCCAAAAGUUUGAUGAUGAUCUCACGUUUGUUCUGUAGGAUGAUCGCAAAUUACCGGCACUAAAAAAUAAGGUUGAUCCGGGACAGGUCCAAAGUGGCACAUACGAAUUUCUAGAAAUUUCAUAGGUGUGGUUAUCUCAAACAUGAUACAUAUUUUGAUUUGUUUUGUUUUAUUUUAUUUUUUGAAGUAACGUGUAAUCUCUGCAAUCAGUUUAAGACUUUUUUCUUAUCCGUUGAUUUAAUUUGCAAAAUUUUUAGUCUUUAAAAAGUUCAUCUCUUGAGGUGAUUAGGGUAAUUGAAUGUCUGAGAAUUUGCCGACAGUUUGCACCGACCGAGUACAAUUUAUUCAAUUGUCUUAUGUUCGACAUUGAUUCUUAAAAAAUAAUUCACUCUUUGAGGUGGUAUUGUAAAUAUUUUGCCCAUGCUUUAAAAUAUGAAACUUUCCCGCUUUCCCUUAACCUUAAGUUUUGUUUAAACGUUUGAGGAAGGCGUGAUACUCUCUUGUUCGAGAGACUUCUAAUUUUGAAAUCAAUGUCAUGGUGAAAAGGUUUAAUUGUCUUUUAAUUUAUUGUACUUUUGAGAUUUAGGGUAGUGAUCGGUAAGGUUUUAAAAAUAGUGGCUCAAUUGCUCUUUAUGGCAUGUUAAAAAACAUGAAUUAAAAAAAUGGGUUUUUGAAUGGGCGUCAAACCCUUUUGUCUGAGGUCGAAAGAUCGUUUUAUGUUCUACUUUUAACGAAAUUAUAUCGAAAUUGAAUAGAAUAGUCCGAAGAUAACUGUCAAUUAGCAAGUGAAUUGCAUGAAGUCUUUGAUGGAACGCUUGGUUGUGGAGGAGGCCGUUUGGGGUAACUUUAUAAUGCAAUCGAAGUAAGAAAGAAACUUAAAGCGAAGGCGCCAUGCAGACAUUUUUCAUUUUGUGGGCUCAUUAGUCGUGAAAAAUGCCGCAAACAUUUUAAACCACUAAGAAAUUUCCCACUAAGUUUAACAGCAAAGUAUUGACGAGAUUUUCCUUAAUACUCCAUUAAAAUUAUAUGUUUUCGUCCUGCGUCAUAGAGCUUACAUGUUUCCUACUGGUCAAAUAUUUCAAAAUAUGGGCUUACCUAGAUAAAAACUUGCGUGUAUGCGUGUAUCUAAAACACCUGUCCUCGACCGUUAAUAAUCUAAAUUUACGAACACCUUAAUCAAAAUAAACUAACAUCCAGGGUGAAGAUAAUGGCUUAUGUCUUGACCAAUCGUAGGCUGCGUUUUCUUUCUUUUCUCAUGAGAAACCAAAUGCGAGGGCUGUGAUUGCAUGCGUUCACCUUUGACCAAUCUAACUCCACUAAGGAGGAGAGUAAAUAUUCAUGGCGUAAGGACGACAACGCUUGUUAUGACACGGCUGGGUGUUGUGCGUCCAUUUUAAAACAAGGCCUUUAAUACAGACGUUUCAAUUGUCGGCGGGUUUUUUCAAGCGCACAAUUCAUGUCCUUGUUUUCCUAGAAAAAACGUAUGGAACUCGACGAGAAGAAAGUGGUGUUGAACGGCGACGUGGACGGCGAAGUAUCGCCUGAAGAGCCGGACGACAGUUACAAAGUGGAUGUAGAAAUCAAUACGGAAGAACGAGAAAAAUGGGGAAAGAAGGUGGAAUUUUUCCUGGCUUGCAUUGGAUACGCAGUGGGGCUUGGUAACGUUUGGCGCUUUCCAUACUUAUGUUAUGAAAAUGGUGGUGGCGCGUUCCUUAUUCCCUACGUGUGUAUGCUGCUUCUUUGUGGAAUGCCAUUGUUCUUCAUGGAGCUUGCCCUCGGACAGUUUGUCAGUUUAGGCCCCGUCACAUCUUGGGCUGCCAUAUGCCCCCUGGCUAAAGGUAUGAAAAAAUGUCUUUUUUUAAGCAAACUAUUUCCGCGGUAAAAGAACUUCCAGCACAUGAAUUUGCAUACAUUACGUUACUCGCUUACACGCUAAAUCAUCAAUUGUGGAAUCUCACUGUUAUUUGUAUUGUUUUACAAUGAUUAGGUCUACAAGUUCUAACAUUUUAGCGCGUUUUUUUUUUCUAGCUUUACCGGUUUUUUCCACUUGAGAAACCUUUUUUCAGUCGUAGCAAACAAUGAGUUAAAAUUCUGAUAAUUCAUAAAUUAUGUUGCAAAAUUCAAGAACUAAUUGUUCUGUAACUAGUUUAAGAAGGGUAUUUUUUCUGUCUAAAACGUUAGAAGCCCUACUGAUGUCUGUAACGUACGUUUCCAAAUACGAUGAGUUUUUAAAUUUGUGGAAAAGACCAGGUAGGGACGAAUGCGUCGUAAACGAUGUGUAGUGAUAUAUAAAUUAAUUUUUAAAAUGGAAUACUGUUACAGUCUUGCUCGCAAAAAGCAUGUAAUAUUCAUAUCAAUUUACACAUUGUCAGUUAUUUUUUCUUUUCAAAGAACUAAAAAUUUAUUUCUUUCGCAACACGAACCAAAUUAGCUCUCGGCCGUGAUACCGCUUCCUGAAGUCCAAUUAUUUCAUAUUUACGUAUGAUGAAAUACAAUUUUUUUUUUCAGACACUACUGUGUUUUUAUUUUUUUCUUCCCUUGAUUUAAGCAAAGAUUAGGCUUAGAUAAUACCGUAUAUCCCAGUUGUUCGCUAUCGGAAUCAUGAUGUUUCUCUCAAUUUUUAAUCUAUGUGUAUAUAUCUAGUCUUUUUGACGACCAAGAUAAGUGGUGAAUUUUGUCAGAAUUGGCGUGCUUUCAAUUGACCCUUGAACAAAAUAAAUGAAGCAAGCUUUUUGCGUAGAGAAAGGGUAAUCUGAUUUUUAUCGCUUCGCGGGGAGUGCCAUAUUAGGGCAUCUGGUUAGAACAAAGGAGUAAAAUGAAAAUAAUAUUUAGACUCUUUAGUUAUUACAUAUUCGGCGGGAAAUGUUUUACAAAUCACAAGGCAUGCCUUCAAGUACCUUGACCUAGCCGCAAACACCACAAAGCAAUAUUAUGUAGUCUAGACCAAAAAAUUCUGCUAAGUUUGGAAAUUUUAUGGAGUUUUCUGACAUAUGCGUGUGCCAUUUUUUUUUUCUUUAAACUAGAGAGACUAAAAUCAUUUUUUAAUAAAAAUAUUUUUCCCAUUAUCUCACUUUCCUGGGCUAUUCUGCUCUCAAUUUACUCUAAAAGUAUGUCGUGUAUGCAUGAAAUCUCAAAGUGUAAGUAAAAUAUUUUCUAUGGUUUUUUCGUAUUUUUUCCAACUGAUAGAUCUUAUUCAUGAAUGGUUGUAAUCAGCAAAGGAAAUGUUUAUUGUAACCUUCAGCCGGUUUUUUAUCGUCGGAUGUUCAAAAGAAUAAUCGAGUUUCAGAUGAAGUGGCUAAGAAAAUGCUCGAAAUGAUUAUCAUACACAAGACGGAAGUCACAUAUAUUUUUUCAAAUUUCGAAUCUUUAAAUUUAACAAUUUGCUGUUCUCUUGUUUUGCUUUUUUUUUCGUAAAACUUUUCUGCGUUAUGGUUUUUUUUGCGGACGUUACGUGCCUGUGUGUUGAUUGACAAUAUUUAGCAAUAUGUUAAAUUCAAGGCGUUUAUGGCAAACACCAUUGGUUGAGUACUGUAAUUCAGUUCAGUUUAAGCAUUUUGGAUUUUCCAAAUAUAUCGAGACAAUUGUGUCAUUCAAUUAUUUGGCAAUUAUUUCCACAAGUGCGGUUUUCAAUUGUGACAAAUUGCACUUUGAAUUGUUCAAAACAGCCCUAACGUAUCGAUCUUCAAGGAAAGUCAAUAACACAAAAGUAAAAAUGCCCAGAAUUUGUUCUUUUUUUUCCUGCGGGAAUUUACAAGUUAUUUCCUUACUUAAUUUUCAAAUUUAAUCCUUGCAAUUUUGACGCUCAUUUUUAAACCAUAAGGAAUAAUAUCACCCCGCUAUUCGAAUUUAAUGCUCGAGGGUUGAAUGUUGUUGACGAAUAAUUUCUUGCAGUCACUUGUCAUGGCUGACAAUUAUAUUAAAUUCUAAAAAUCGAACAUUCAGCGUCAUCUCUAUUCGCUUCUGUAUUGCCAGCAUUCUUGGUUUGCAACCACGUGACAAGGCGGCCAUGUUGGGGGUCAAAACAAAGAAUUUUUCUCGGAGAAUUCAUAAGAAAAUAGUGUUUAGUUCCCAGAGGAGAGAAAUGCUUUUGUUCUCGACCAUUAACAUGGCCGCCGUGACGUCACGUGCAAACCAGCAAUAUGGAGUAAAAGGUGCCAAUGAAUGUUGUUCAUACAUCGUAUUUAUUUCCAUAAAUCGAGCUUGGUUUACAGUAUAUUAAACACCCUGCAACAAAAAGACAAAAAAAGCCAUAAGUGACCAGAAAACUGGAAACGAACAAGCAAAAAGGCGAAGAAAAAGUGUCUCUUGGUUUGAAAGGUAACUCAAAUUUGAAUGUGUCUUAAUAAUUCUUGCUUGUCGCUGUUGCAUCGCAAGCCGAAUACAGCUUCAAAUAGUUCGGUUAAGAGUAAUGCCUGUCUGAUUUAUUUGCUCGCAUGGAUCAGCCGCAAUUACCAUAUAUUUUCAGGUGUUGGUUUUUCCAUGUUGGUCGUUUCGUUCCUUUGCUGUGUUUACUACAACGUGAUCAUUGGCUGGUGUUUGUACUACAUGUUUAAGUCCUUUGCCAAAGUCGUCCCAUGGUCGAGUUGCAGUAACUCGUGGAACACUCCUAACUGCUCGCUCUUCAAGAAAUCGUCGGCUCCUACGAACAAUGGUGACGGUAUCGUACCGACCAACACAACUGUAUUAGCGAACUUCACAUACUGCGUCAAUACAACUGCUGCAACGACCAUUGCUUCUACUGUUACCCCAACUACUGGAAAUUUGACAGCGGGAAACGUAAGCUCCACUAUUGUUCCCGCCACACCUCUGAUCACGCGCGUCUGCUACAACACCACUGCCAAUGUCACCGCCAAUGGGACCAUGGCUCCAUCCUCAUUGGCCCCUGCUGCGGCGGCAUUGGGGGGCAACUCUCCCAGUAAAGAAUUCUGGGAUCGUUAUGUCCUUCAAAUAACAGAUAGCAUGGAUGACAUGGGUUCUUUGCGGGUUGAGCUGUUGGUAGCUCUGAUUGUAGCCUGGGUCCUAGUGUAUUUCUGUCUAUGGAAAGGAAUCAAGUCCUCGGGAAAAGUCGUAUACUUCACCGCUACCUUCCCCUACGUCGUGCUCAUCAUUUUGCUUAUACGUGGGGUCACCCUACCUGGCGCUUCCAAAGGUAUCGAGUUCUACUUGAAGCCCGACUGGAAGAAGCUUGGUGAUGCGAAGGUGUGGGCUCAAGCUGCCACGCAGAUUUUUUAUUCUCUUGGAAUUGGAUUUGGCUCGUUGAUAACAAUGGGAAGCUUUAACCAGUUCCAUAAUAACUGUUUAAAGUAAGAAUGAUAAUAAUUCCCUGGAUUAUACUUAGUCAACCUGAACUUAGCUAUACUCAUCAGCAAUUGACGGGCUUUCAAUUGGUGCCCUAGACUUUAGCGGGUAAGGGGCUGGGAAAUCCAGGCUCACCAGGAAGGUAUCUAUGGCAGCCCCGAAGCGAGAAUCACCCCAGCACCGGCUGUUAAACUUAACUUAGUCGAGUGAAAAAGAAUGGGGAAGUGAGGGUGAGCGCAAGUGUCCUUAACAUUUCUCUAAACAAGCAGUGAAUCGCAACACUCGCGAAUAUACUAAUCGCGGUCGCACCACAAGUCAUGAACAAAAAUGGUUGUGACCGCUAGCAGCAUAGAUUCGAGGUUAGCCUUCUAUUCGUUCCUCAUGGCGCAUAAGGUCUCAAACGUGGUUAGCCUUGCCUUAAAUAGAUUUAGUUUUAAAACUCUUUGAAAUUGGACCACGGGUGCCGCAUUCUCGUCAAGUCAAUUGACCUUAGCCUUCUAUUCCCCAGACAUAUCAACAUCAUAAUAAAAAUGUAAUAAUUAUCGUAAAACGUAACUCACCGUUUAUUCAUCCUAGUCUUUUACCAUAAAAGUCGGUUUCGUAUAGUUGUAGCAAUGCAAAUGACUUAUCUAACUCAGAUCUUCCGGCUAAGUACUUUUGUCCGUUAGCCUUGUGAAAUGAUGUAUACUGGUGUUUCGCCUGUUAAAUAAUAUUGGUUGUAACUUGCAGCUGAAUAAGUGUUAUUUUUCUUUUCUUGUUUGUCUAAAGGGAUGCCAUGAUAGUGUCAGUCAUAAACUGCAGCACUAGUGUGUUCGCAGGCUUCGUCAUCUUCAGUGUGCUCGGCUUUAUGGCUCAUGUUUCCGGUAAAGAAGUGUCAGAAGUUGCUACUUCCGGUCCAGGCCUCGCCUUUGUUGUAUACCCUGAAGGCAUCGCUCAGAUGCCCAUCUCGCCAUUCUGGGCCGUUCUGUUCUUUUUCAUGUUGCUGACCUUAGGACUGGACACGCAGUUUGCCAUGUUUGAAGCCGUGGUCACUGGCCUCGUUGAUGAGUAUCCGAAGGUGCUAAAAAGACGUAAAGAGAUUUUUAUCGCGUUUCUUUGCUUCCUUUGCUUCUUGCUGGGAAUUCCUAUGGUUAUGCAGGUUUGGGUUAAUUUUUUUUUCUAUCUAAGUUUCAAACAACUUUAAAAUAAACCUCGGAAACGAAAACGCCCAUAAACAGCAGUAUUCACUUGGUAUGAGUAUUUAGCGUCAGUUAAGUGAAGGAUGAUAAUUUAAUAUUCUAUAUUUACAUUCUCGAAUUCUAGAACCUAGAACCUUUUGAUUCUUGCGCAUAGUAAUAAACAGCUCAUCCCACUUUAGGGCUAUUGAUUGUCGCACCUGGAGCGACGUAAGCACUUCCAAAAUUGGAUGGUUCUUGGUUUUAUUUAAUACUAAUUCAACUACAUGUCAUCCAUAGACUCAAAGAAGGUAUUUUAUAUGUUGUAUCCUGCAGGGCGGAAUGUACGUUUUUAACUUGUACAACUAUCAGUCAGGUGGAGUGUCUCUGUUAUUCCUGGCUUUGUUUGAAGUGCUCACUAUAGCUUGGGGGUAUGGAGCUAAUCGUUUUGCCAAGGACAUCGAGACGAUGAUUGGAUACAAGAUUUCGCCAUGGUGGCCCAUCGCGUGGAAAUUUGCUUCCCCCGUUGUUAUCCUUGGUAUGUACAAAACAUAAAAUUCUACGUCCAAUACAGGGCUCUGCUCCAGCACAGCCCGAUCGCCCUGGCACCAAACCUUUGCUCAUGGGCGACUAGAAAAUCUCAGAUUUUUCAUACAAAUCAUAAUGUUGGGCACCUUGGCUUUUACAGAAUCAAAGCGUUGGGCUCUCUUGAAUUUUCCUAAGAACACAGCCUUGCAAUAUAUACUUGCUGUAAAUAAUUUUUAAGGGACGUUUUUGACCAAAAGCAUUUCAGCCACUUCAAUUCAAGAUCAUCGUUGUUAAAGACGCAAGUCAGGCUUGCCGCGAUUCGAACCCUGUCCUUGGUAACCAGUUGAACUAGCAAGCCAAAUGGGAGCUGGUCGUUAACCCUUUAUAUCGCUAGGAGUAAAUUGAUUUUGGUCACUGUCGGCACAUAAAGAGUUACAUUGGUGGGUAAUAUACCCGGGAGAGAGCAAGAUAAAGUUUAUGAAUUUCAGAUAUUUGAAAUGCGGUAUGAAGGAAUAAACUGCAAAGAAGGCCAUCUCAAUUAAGGAGCUUUCUUCCACUCCUACGCUCUUUUUACCAUUUGGGACAUAACUGUAUACGUUCAUUGAGGUCAGAGGAUAACUUAAAAAAUAGUUCGACUGGUAGUGGACCCGAACCUGCGUUGUAUCAUGUGAUGCAGGCCAACGGAAUUCCCUUUUAAUAACUGACUAAUAUUGAGUUUGACUUGAAUGGCUUGUGUUGAUUUAUAAAAGAACGACAAAGUCUUUGAAUUUUUAUAUCUUGGUAUUGUGGUAUUGGUAUUGUAUGUUGUGCCGAUGCGUGAUCCUACGGUCACGUGAUAUCCAAAUUUUCUCCGUUGGAUAGACAGGAGAUUCUCUCCUGUCAUGCGCGCGAGAAGAUCCCCUUAAAUGGUAUCGAGCAGGAAGUCAUAAGGUGCGCGUGCAUCCAACCCGGAAAUCCCUUUCUGUGUAUUUUUUGUAAUCUAAUUUGUAUUCCAUGGUAAUAUAAGGCGCACCGAAUUGUCCUUUGCUGCUCAGUGAUUUUAAGGCACUGUCAGGUUAACGCUUAGUCCUUCGACAACAUGAAUAAACCUUUUCUUAGUUUUUCGUCAACCAAUAAAAAACCAAGACAUUCAUCAACCUAAAAAUAACUAGAAAACCUGUCAAAGCUGUUAAACCGCCAAAAAAAUAACACAUGGCCUUUUCUUAACAAGAUUCACUCGCAUUUUAUUUAUGAGAAAGGACAAAAGGCUAUCACGUCAUCGGCGUAAAUUUCCUCCGCAAGUUAAUGAUUCCUCCACAAAAAAGAGUAAUUCGAUGUGCCCUAUACUACUAUGGAAUACACAUUAGACGUUAACAAAUACACAGAAAGGGAUUGCACGUGGCUAGAGAAAAGUUCCUAUCCAUCCACAGCAGAAAAUUGGGAUGUCACUUUACUGUGCGAUCACGCAUCCGCACAAUAUGCAAUACUAACACCAACGUGAAACCAAACCAAAGUGACUACCAAACCUGCUCAAUGCUAUUUUAUACUAUUUUUCGGUGCACCCUAUACCACUACCCAUUUUCUUGUUCAUCUCCAGGUGUGUUCCUAUCCAGUGUCAUCCAGUGGGGUGGAGUCGCCUAUGGCAAGUAUCAGUACCCCAGUUGGGGAGAAUUCUGUGGCUGGGUUCUGGCCUUAGCCUCCAUGUUGUGGAUCCCAGGUGUGGCAAUAUACAAAGUCUUUACCACUCCCGGUGGCUCUGUUUAUCAACGAAUCUGUUUCCUUUUGCGUCCCGACCAAGAAGAAAUGAAAGCAAUAGAGGUUCGCGAAGGGCUAGCAACACACUCAGAGAUGCAAACUCUCUAGAACGAGAUUCUUUGUUUCUCGUUAUAUUAAAUGUUCUGUUUGAUCUUAGGAAUAUUAUCGCAUCCAUUUGCUUAAUCAAUUUAACUCGCAGAAUUUCUGUGACGGAUAUCGCACACGCGUGCGUCCUUAAUCUGACUAGUAUAGAAAGCGAUUUAUAAGCCUUCUGUCUGUAAUUAAUAUUAGUAGUCAUAAUUUUUAAACUUCUCCUUGAAUUGGCAAUAUUUAUAAAAGCAUAAUUAGUCCGUUAAAAGUUAGGGUAAGAGGAGUUUGAAGAUGUGGUAGUUCUUAAUAUUAAGAUCGUCAAUUUGUACCACAUGCUAUGUUGAGUUAGUUUUUCGAGAUACCCGGCCCGAAACGAUAGAAAGCUCGUAAAGGAAAUAGAGAAAGAACGUAAAGCAAGAAAUUGAACGAUGGUUUAAUCAAGGAGGGGAAAAAAUGCUCUAGAUUCUCUAGUAAAAGACAACACCCUUUGCCAUGCUGAAUAUUUACUUGAUAUUUGCUGUGUUAAUGAUAUAUUGCUGUUGCCUAAUAAUAUUUAAACCAUUGUACAUUUUCCUAGUAGUUAAAUGAAAUGAACCUAUCGUAAGUAAAAGGAACACAUGCAGAGCAUUCAUGUGAUAUUUUCUUUAAUUUUUCGUAUGAAAUUAACUUAAGUUUGAUAUUCUUAUUUUUAAAUUUUUUUAAACAUUUUAAAUUUAAAAACAUUCAAAUGCUUUCAGUCAAAAGAGGAAAGUUGCACAAUUUGUUGACGUGUUAAAAGGCCAAGUCAACAAACGUACUUUUGAAGUUUGUAUGAUAGUUCACUAAGAGCUACCUCCUUCCUCAUUUUUUUCUGAGGAGGGGAGGGGGCUGCUGAACAAAUGGUAGUCAUACCUAGUUCUAGAUCAAUGUAUUUGCUCUAAGGGUGCCCUGGCCACCAGGAUAAGAGAAAUAAUACUGAAAAGCGAACAACGGCUGGCUUCAACAAAUGUUGGGUAGACUGAUAGGUGAAUUCAUAGUAACUUUAACCACUAAGAACUGUAUUUUCCCGAGCAGAUGCAAGCAGCCAGCUUAAAUACUGCAUAUUCAGUGUAGAAGAUAAUAACCUUGUAAUUGCUUUUUUAAAUUAAGGAAAGUAAUUCCCAUG